CCGUAAAACGAUAUUACAGCCAGUAAUCGUAAAAAUUCAUCCACAACGCUGAAAAUUUAACUGUCUUCCUUAUUUAACCAGUGAUUGAAACUAAGCCGAGGGUGAAUAAGGAGAAUUCCAUCGCCAUCACUAUUAGCCAGGAAUCACCUCCAGCAACUGAGCAACAAGUGAUCAGAACGUGUGCCGCUGAGUUUUGCUGCUUGAUAAUUACCUGCAGCAUAUCAUAACAAUGGUACAAGUAAGGGAUCAUGAGAUCGUCAACGAGUUCCGGACAUGUCUCGAGUGGCUGAAGGAUAGGCAUGAUACCUGGGCGAUUGGUGAAUUGACAGCAAUGGCAAUAAAGCUUGCCAACGAGUAUGCUGCUGAGAUGGUCGUAGGUCUCCAACAGCAUAUCGCUCAGGCCCCCCAGGAAUUGAAACUUGCAGGACUGUACCUGCUCGAUUCACUGAUCGGAAACGCAAGUCACAUAUACGUCGAUCUGUUUGCCGAACAAUUGGUAAAUACCUUCAGCUCCGUAUUCGUAUUUGCUGAUAGCGAAACGAGAGCUUUGAUGUUUACCCUUCGAAAGCGUUGGCGAAAACAUUUCUCGGCGUCUGUUUUGCAUGAUUUGGAUUGUGCAAUUAACAGCGUCGAUAACAAUUGGCCGAUCUUCGCACACUCAUCGCCAUCUUCAAACAACUCUGGCUCUUCAAGAACUUCACCGGCCAAUGGGGUUACAGAAGAUCAGCGUAAGAAUACUGCAGCAACUUCACUGAUGCAGACUUCCUCGAUUCCGUCAGAAUCGAUCAUCAAACAGAUCAUCGAACUACCGGUAUGAAUCAGACACAAGGAGAUAUUUUCUUUCCACGCAUGAAUGCAAUGCGAUCACGAGCAAUUGUAUUAAAUGUGGUCGUUCCGCAAAAAACAGCUCAGGGAAUA